AUGCGACAUAUUUUUGGAUUUUCGAUUCGUGGAUUCUCAACGAAAAGGCUGGAUGGUUGGGCAAAAAGUGUACAAAAAAGUGGGAAGAGUGUAUUCGUAAAAGUGGAUGAUGGAAGAACAAACAGUCUAAUUCAACUAGUAGCCAGCAAAGAGAUCGCAAAUAAAGUGAAGGUUGGAAGUGCUAUUCGAGCUGUCGGCAGUCUAGAAAAAAGCUUAGGAUCCCAACAGGAAACGGAGUUUGUAGCAAGCGAGUUGAGAGUCGUUGGACAGGAUGAAAAUGCUCGUUACGAUGAUCUAUCCGCGGACAACCUUCGAAAAAAGACACAUCUUCGAGCCAGAAACGUACAAUUCGCAGCAUUUCUUCGCCUUCGAUCCACAAUCUUCCGCGAGACUCAUGAGUUUUUCAUGUCUCGUGAUUUCAUCCACAUCGAUACUCCAAAACUAACUCGAAAUGAUUGUGAAGGAGGUGGAGAGGUUUUCGAUGUGGUUACUACUUCAUCAGAAGCUCUGAAUGGAUCAGAAGGUGUUAAGGAAGAUCCGAUUUAUCUUUCAGUGAGCUCUCAACUACAUUUGGAAGCUUUGGUCAGUCGUCUACAACGAGUGUACACAUUAGGACCCGCAUUUCGAGCUGAAAAACAACAAAGUCAUGCACAUCUUAGUGAAUUUCAUAUGCUAGAAGCAGAAGUUGCAUUCGUUGAGACGAUCGACGAGAUGUGUGAACUUGUAGAAUCCUACGUCCAGCACAUGUUUUCCUUGCUUGAUUCUCCUAAAUUUCAAACAGAACUCAAAAUAGUUGGAUCUGAACCGACGUCUCCAGUUCCAACGAAUUCCAAAUUUUCUAGAAUUACCUAUGAUGAUGCCGUAAAACUUCUCACCUCGAAAGGUUCAAAAGUGACAGCCAAAAGUGGAUUGUCGAAGAAAAAUGAGCUGGAUCUUGUGAAGUAUCACAACAAUCUUCCAGUGUUUGUAACUCAUUAUCCAACAAAUCAAAAACCGUUUUACAUGGCAAGAACGAAAGAUGAGACGAGUACUUUGUCGUUUGAUCUUUUAGUUCCUGGAGUUGGAGAGUUGGCUGGUGGAUCUGUUCGAGAACCAGAUGCGGAGAAGUUGAAAUCUCGAGGAUGUGGAAUCGAAUGGUAUCUGGAUACACGACGACGAGGACAACCACCGACUGCUGGUUUCGGAAUCGGCUUCGAACGACUUCUACAGUAUAUGCUAGGAAUUCAGAAUAUUAAAGACACUCUCGCUUUUCCAAGAUGGUAUAGGCAUUGUCAAUGUUGA